CCUAAAUCCAAAUCAUUGAGCCUGCGAUCGCUGAUCGACCUUUUGUCAAGGUUUUGCCGCCGGUAAGCGGAUCGCUGAACACCAAACCACUUCGCUGGCUACAUACUUGGUCUUCUUUUUCUUCAAAACCCGCCCCUCGGUCACUUGACGUAAAGUACCAACCCACCUGACCAGUACUUGAUCAUCCAGGCCUUGUGUUAAAAUACAGCAGGCGACUACCUAAACUUUGUUGGUAGCCCGGCGUGAGCUUGUUAAACUUUAAGAGACGUUUAUGCCAUCCCGCAUGUCCUUACAUCCCUUUCUUCGGCUCCGUUCGCUGGCUGCCAAGUCAGCCCCACAACAAUGCCUCGUAAUCGGGACGCGGAGAAUGAGUUCAUCCAACUUAAACAGACCUUCUCCUCCUCCCCUUCCACGCGAACUUCAACGAGAGUUCGAAGAACUACAGCGUAGUGCCCAAAUGCCCCUCUCAUCUCCAACCCUCUCGUACGCUGAAACAGAGGCACAAAUGUCGUUACACCCUGACGCUCGUAAACCGUUAACGCCGGAGUUUGAUGGUGAUGUCAAUCCCAGAACUGGCGAACAAGGAGGUCCGAAAAGGGAGCCCGUCAGGAAGUGGAGUGAUGACGGCGGUGACUGGAGUUUCAAAGGGCGUGUCUCUGACUUCUAGUGAGAUCACUUACGACUAGAAUUUUUUUAUCUUAUUUUAAAACUAAAAUCAUGAUGGCAUCUUGGGUUACUCCGGUUUUACUAUCUCAAAGCGCUGGCAGUCUUCUUGCUACCCAAACCAAUCCCUUCUGAAUCUGACCAAUGGAGACUAACAGAAUCCAUGGCUUCCU